GACUGUGUCAAAGAUGGCGUCCAAAUCGAUUGUCACAUCUUCAAACUACAAAGAAUUUAACAUAAUAAUGCAUGUAUUGCAAUUUUUUCGUUUAUUAAUGAGCACCCGUAGGAAUAAUAUCUAUAAUAUAGUUGGCUGUAACACAGGGCCUCCAACGUCAAAACGUCAAAAUAAUGCGGAAAGAAGCCUUUUUUGUCAAUAAUGCAUGUGUUUCUGUUGUUCUUAAAGUCAGGCCGAAAAAAUUGAGUUGGGAAGGGCAGUUGGAUUCGACCGACCAAAACAACAACAUCACCAUGACUUCCGAGGACCUCCUUCAGCCUGGGCAUGUGGUCAAGGAACGGUGGAAGGUCGUCAAAAAAAUCGGUGGUGGAGGAUUCGGUGAGAUCUACGAGGGGCUGGAUUUAAUUACUAGGGAACAAGUGGCGUUGAAGGUUGAGUCGGCUCGCCAACCGAAACAAGUGCUUAAGAUGGAAGUGGCGGUGUUGAAAAAGCUACAGGGGAAGGAACACAUUUGCAGAUUCAUUGGCUGUGGUAGGAAUGAUAGGUUCAAUUAUGUGGUAAUGCAGCUUCAAGGACGCAACUUGGCAGAACUGCGAAGGGCACAACCUCGUGCCGCCUUCAGCCUCUCCACAACUUUACGUCUAGGUUUACAGAUACUUAAAGCUAUCGAAAGCAUACACUCCGUCGGCUUCUUGCAUCGUGAUAUUAAGCCCAGCAAUUUUUCCAUGGGCAGACUGCAAUAUAACUGUAGGAAGGUGUACAUGUUAGAUUUUGGACUUGCGAGGCAGUACACGACGGCGACGGGGGAGGUGAGGGCACCGAGAGCAGCAGCGGGGUUUAGGGGGACGGUUCGGUAUGCUAGCAUCAACGCACACAAGAAUAGAGAAAUGGGACGACACGACGACCUUUGGAGCCUCUUCUAUAUGCUAGUCGAAUUUGUGAAUGGCCAGUUACCGUGGCGCAAGGUCAAAGAUAAGGAGCAAGUCGGUUUAAUGAAAGAGAAAUAUGAUCACAGGUUACUGCUCAAACAUCUACCGUCCGAUUUGAAGCAGUUCCUUGAUCAUAUUCAGAGUCUAGAGUACGCCGACAAGCCGGAUUAUCAAAUGUUAAUAAACCUGUUCGAGCGCUGCAUGAAACGCCGAGGUGUAAAACCGACCGACCCGUACGACUGGGAGAAGACUCCCGCCGGUGAUAACGUGACCGUCACGCAGACGACUGAGGCGCAACCCACCGCUCCCACGACGCUUCCAAGACAUACCAAACUCACUACGACCGACAACAACCAGGAGAAUAUCGAACCCACGGAUAAUAAAGAAGCGCAAAUCGAGGCACGACGUAGACGUAUCGAGACCGAAAACACAGUACCUCUCGGAACGGACGUCCAAACCAACGCUGUCGUCCGCCCCGUAGUCGAUAAGAACUGCAACGCAACGCCCGUCGAGCAAGUCCAGCAAGCGCCACGCCGUCGUGCCACGUCCCACCUCGAACAGCCCCCCGAACGUCUCGACAACGAAGCCAUCGCUUCGGCCAAAUCUACCUCCGACGCCAAUCAGAAGCCGGCUCCGCUUCGAAAGAGCCAGUCGGGCGUCGCCACGUUAGGACGCCUACGUGUCGUCACACCGGCGCAAAUCCAAGGCAGCGGUAGCCUCGUUGAAUCUCCGGCCACUCCAGAACAGGAAAGACCGCGGAGGCGGCAGCCAUCAGCGGCACGCAGUUCGCGCGCCGGUCUGAGAGACCAGAGUCUGACGCAAUUCGCUGUCAUCGAUGACGAGAACGUCAGUCAGCAGGUGACGAGGGGCGGGGCCCUCACUUUGGCUAGUCAAUGGAAAUCGCAAUUCGACGACAGCGAGGAGACGACGGAUAACGAGUGGAAACCGGAAAGUCCCGAACACAGGGCAGCGUUAGUUCCUAAUGAAGGUGCAGCUCAGGGGGCGCCACCGGCGUUAAGUAGGAUUAGUGAGGAUUCGAGGACCAGUCAUAAAAAGUAUAUCAAUAUUGCAGGAAUAGAGGACUAUCCGGAGCUGAUGGGUGGACUUCCGAGAGCUUGGUCGACUCCGUCUUUAGGCCCUUACGUCAGAUCAGGUCUCAAACCGCCUCUUUUGCAGCAAGCCGCUUUCGACGAUCUCGUGUUCAGAGUAGACGUAAUGCGUAACGUUGCCUCACGACACCUCCAAGACGAAGAAGAACAGGAACCGAAACUGGUCGAAACGUCAAAAUGGAGCAGUUUGCCGUCUAUGAAUCUUAACGAUAAGGAAGCACUCAAGAGUAACGAGGUCGAGGAUCAAAACGGCGAAGACGAAGGCUUACAAGAGGUUGCGGGAAAAUUGGAAAUCCGUGUCGUGCCAAAAGAGAAUGUUCCUAGACCUCAAACUCUCCAAUCGAACGUAGUGGAAAACCCUCCGGAAGAGCCAGCACAAACCAAGGAAGUCGAGAGGCCGAAAAUUAAGCUAGAAAGGACAAAGAGUAUAUUGAAACAGAGUAGCAAAGAACGGAACGAAGGACAGGAAAUACACAGUCCGAAACGCGAACAGAUAACCUUCGCUCCCGACGUGACUGAUACCCCUGUAAAAAAACGAGUAAGUUUAGAAGGCGACGAUAUCAACCAGAAAGAAAUAAUCACAGUGACAAAGAAAGAUCUAGAAGAGGACAUCGAAAAGAAAGAAGAAGAAAAAGUCAAGUCACCGAAAUCGAAAUCUCCCAGUCCCGAAAAAGUAAAAGUAGAAACUAAAGAACCCGAAAAGAGCGAAGAAUCAGAAUCGAGUAGUUCGGAAACGGAACAGAAAAAUUCAGAUAAAAAUGUGGAAAAACCGAGACUGAAGUCUCCACGAUUGUCUUUAAGCGGCUCGAAUUCCAACAUCAAUCAACCGGCUGAGCCGCCUCUAAGCCGGAGUAAUUCGCAGAAGGCAGUUUCGAAACCUUUAGAGAAAAUUAAAAACAAUUUGGGGCAUUCGGCGUCCGAGAGCAGUUCCAGCACUCAGGACAAAAUCGAACAGAACUUAAAAAAUGCAAGGAACGCGUUAGAGAAGAAAAGUAAUUUAGAAGUUAAACAAGACAGGGUACAGUGUUCGCCGUCGGUGGAUCUCACGACGAAUCCGGCUGUUACGUUUGUUUCAGCCACGUCCGAACUAAAAGAAAAACGGUUAAUGGCAAACGGAUUGAGUCCUGGACUGGACGAACAGUCGGAAUACUUUGAUGCUACGGAAAAUCCAUUGUUUAGGGAUAAACAGAGGCACGAGCAGGAUGAUGAGGAUAGUGGGGUGGAUAAUGCCAGCCAAAUUUUGAGGGAAUCGUCGACUAGCCCAGCGAUGGACCCAACCAGGAUCUCAAAAAUUCCAGUGGCGGUGGGUGGGCAGAGAUUAGCGAAGUGUAUGUCGUGGUCCGGCGAUUUAACGCCCGGAUUACGUAGACGUCGUCAGGCUGAAAAAUACGUGACAGAUCCGAGCCAGUUGAAUCUCAGGUUCAAAAGACACUCAACUGCAGGAGGUGUGAAGCCGGCCCGAGGCAUCCCCACUUGUCUUAUAGGUGCCCCCGAGAGCUCCCCCGACACAUCAGAGGGCCCCCCACCCCCACCACCCCCGACCGGCGAACCGCCAGCGGAGAGUCAAGUCAGGUGCCGCCGAUUCAGGCCCGUCACAUAGUAAACAAAAGCGCACGAUCUUCGAACUCGUCGUGUACAUAUUUUGAACAGGAACAUUGAGAAAUAGGAUAUAUUUAAUGGGAGUUUUUAAGCGCUGUUCAGAACGUGUUGCCUUUUCGUAGCUUAUCUGUUAAAAUUUCAGGGGAAUUUCAGUGAUGGGGAGGGGGGCGGUUUCUGCUGUUUGUCGUUCUGAGUUGCUCUCUGUAGAUAAUGUUCGGUUCUGAUUAUUAUUGUGAUUUUUAUUUAUUAGGGGAGGAGAAUUUUUAUAUUAUGCGUUAUGUUUGUUGUCGGCAAAUUCUUUAAUCGGUGAAUAUGAGCACAUCGAUUUUGUUUUUUUUUUUUCUUUGUUAUGGUUUCACGAUUAAAGAAUUUGGGUUCUUAUCAAAGUAAUGUCGAUUUUAAAUUUAUUGAAAAACAGGUUACUUAAGUAAUGAAUGAGUCGAAAUCUAGUCAUAACAAGUACGAUAUUUUUUUAAAGUACUUGAAGUAUCUAGUCAUAGAUCUGAAGUAAUAAUCUUAAUGAAACAGAAAACUUCAAAAAAUAAUGCUCUGUAUAAAUGAUAUUAUGCGAAAUAGCUAUUAUGAAGAAAAAAUUGUACUGUUAUUUAAAUAAUUUUUAGACUGCUAAUAUAUUGUUUUUAUUUUUCUUGUUUUAUUGUAUAUUUUUGUUUUAAUUCUAGUGCUGUAUUUAUAAAUUAU